CAUAAAAUGCUGGGAAGUUCUUGAGUAGCUGCACAAUUGGCGGUUUCUCAAGGACUUGGCUCCGUGAGUGAGUGAAAGUUUUAGCUGUGUUCACAUAAUACAAGUUCAUAUUAAUUCUUAUAACAUUUCAUUAAUUAAUUUGAAUGAAACACAGUGUCAAAGAAAAUUAUCUACAGUUCAAACUUUGAGAACUAAUCAUACAGAAAGUAUUCCUGUAUCAAAACACCAAAAUAACAGCAGGAGCUUAUUUUGUCAUAUUCAAUUUUAACCCUUCCGCACCGACAUCCGUGUGCUUCACCGACCCUUUAAAUAAUCGUAUGCCACCGACAUCUGUGCAGUUCACCGACCUGCGCAGUGUUAGCUUUGAAGGACGUUGCUGACAAAACGAGGAAAGAUAUUCCAAUUUUCUUUUCAGGAGUACAUAGAUUAGGGUUUCAUCUUUCUAUUGGUAUAUGAGUUAUUUAUUUUGGACGAAUUUUUAGCACGGUAUUUUUAUUUUGUAUCGUUAGUGUAAUAGUUCGUACUUUUGUCUCACUGCGCCUAGAUUUCAUUGAAAUUUUUCAAAUUCUAAGUAAGGAAAAUGUAUAAAACUAUAUAUCUUUCGACUCUAUGGUCUUUGCUUGUCUAUAUGAGUCACUCACUGAAACCCCAGACGAAGGUUUUCCUUGAAUGGGUUGCUGUACAGUCUGCUGACACAAUGAAGUAGUCAAACAAGAGGGUCCUUUUUUCUUGGAACCAAAUGCAACCUAAGAAAAUAAACUUACGAAUGAUACAGAAAUCUAUGAUGUCAUAACACUUUCUUCUCUCAGUCGCGCCAUAACCAUGGCCUCUACAAGUAGGAAAGUUUUACAGGGCGAUGAACUAGAAGAGUUCCUUGCUCACGACUCGGAAGUUAGUGAGUUCGAAUAUUCGGAUAGUAGUGAAAACAGUGAUAAUGAAAUUGAAGAUCAGGCUGUAGUUGAUGCUAUCCAAGAUCUUAGUAUUGAAGAUGACGACGAAAUAGUGGCGAGGGUUCCAGUGGCGGAUUCAGACGAGAGUUAUUUUUGGCAAAAUAUGGAUAAUUAUGAUGGCGUUCGCGAACGGUUUUCUGAAAAUUCAGGCCCGAGAAAUCAGUCUGUCAAUGUGCUCGAUAUAGUACAGACAUUUCUAUUAUUUUUUACUGAGGAUUUUGUGAACAAUAUCGUUCAGGAAACAAACACUUAUGCGCAACAAUUUAUAUGUGGGAGGGUUUUUCCAUUUAGAUCUCCAGCUAGGCAGUGGGUACCAGUGACACUAAAUGAAAUGUAUGUGGUCUUAGCCUUGUUCUUGCUGAUGGGUAUAGUCAAUAAGCCAACUCUAAAUUCAUACUUUUCAACGAAAAGAUUACUAUACACUCCAGCAUUUCCUGAUGUAAUUUCGAGAGACAGAUUCCAGCUUAUAUGUAAAUUUCUCCAUUUCAAUGACAAUACUAAGAAAGAUAAUUACCUAGGACCUACAAGACUUUUCAAAAUUUUUCCUGUCAUUCAACAUCUCAACGAAAAAUUUCAGACACUCUUCUAUCCUGGACAAAAUAUUUGUAUUGAUGAAUCGCUUACACUAUGGAAAGGGAGAUUGGCAUUCAAAAUGUACUUGCCACUGAAAGCUUCAAAAUUCGGCAUAAAAACUUAUGAACUCUGUGAUUCCAAAUCUGGGUAUUUAUGGUCAUUUAUUGUUUACACUGGCAGCGAAACCCAACUAAAUUCUUCACUGAUCAGAGAAAAUACCAAUAAAACAACAUCUGUUGUUCUACAUUUGGUCGAACCGCUCCUCCAUAGAGGUCAUACUCUAUGGAUGGAUAAUUAUUACAAUUCCCCCCAGUUAGCAAAAUUAUUAAAAAAUCAUGGCACUGACUGUGUUGGGACCCUUAGGUUGAACAGAAAGGGUGUCCCAACAACUGUAAAAAACACAAAGUUGAGAAAGGGCGAGAUCAUAGCUCAGCACGCAGGUCCUAUAACUGUUCUCAAGUGGCAAGACAAAAAACCAGUUUCCGUGAUCUCUACAUUUCACAAUGCCGACACACAGACAGAUAUAAAGAGAAACAAAGAAAUAAAAAAACCAAAAAUUAUAAUUGAUUAUAAUGAAAUGAUGGGUGGCGUUGAUUUGAAAGAUCAGCUUUUACAGUACUACAACGUGGAAAGAAAAAGACUUCAUAAGUGGUACAUGAAACUCUUCAGACGCCUUUUGAAUGCGACAGUGGUAAAUGCCAUGAUAAUUUAUAACAAGAAUCAGGAAAGACUGACAGACCACUUAGCAUUCAGAGUAAAUCUGGUAGAAGGGUUGCUGUUGAAGUUUACGGACCAGGAGCAGGCAGCACGUAGAGUACAAGGUCGACGUCAUUCAUCAGAUAACACCAUCCCCCGGCUUCGUGAAAGACAUUUUAUUAGUAAAAUUCCCCCAUCAGGAAAAAAGGCUAGACCACAAAGGCGAUGUGUAGUGUGUACAAAAAACAAAAGAAGAAAAGAAACCGUGUACUGGUGCAGUGAUUGUGAUGUUGGGCUAUGUAUUGACCAGUGUUUUCAGGAUUACCACACCAAACUCAACUUUUAGCAGUUCGAGUGAGUAAAAAAAUAUUAUUUAUCAUAAUUAUAUUGAAAAAUAUAUAUAUAGUUUUGUUCUUCGUUUCUUUAUGAAUAUUUCUGUGAAAAUUUUAUCUCAAUAUACCAAUUUUUGCGAGAGUUACUAAAUUUUUCAUGGAUAAGUGCAUUUUUCUGUUUAAUAAUUAAAUACCCCGUCGGUUUGGCGGUAGGAAAUGAUUUAAAUACUAUCCGUCGCGGAAGGGUUAAGGCACAGAAUCUGUUAUACCUUUCUCUUCUGCAUAAAAAUUAAUCUAUGAAUACCUUAAAAUAGAAUAUAUGUGACGGCCCCAAUUGAAGGUGGUACAGUAUCUAUAUGGUAGCCUGGCUUGUGCCUUUGUAAAAAUAAGAUGUCUCCAAGUGGACAUAUGCAGUCAUAGACAAAAGAAUUUCCACUCAAUAUACAAUGCAUCUAUCCCACAAAUUGUGAAAUACAUAUGCAUAUGCAGAAAAUGAUUUCCAAGCUCAAACCAUGAAGGUAAAGCUCUAUGGAUUCUACACCUCUCUACUAAAUGGGAGUGAUCAGCUUUACACUAUGAAUUAUUUAUUUCUGAGACAGUUAUUGCUAUCCAUUGGACAGGAGGCUGAAUGGACCCCAGAGCCAAUUUAAAUAUGGUGGCAUACACUAAAAUCCCAGCCCCUGUUGAGAAAUAAACUCCAUCCUUCCAGUCCACAGCCAGUCACUUAUUAUGGCUCAGCUAAUGUGUGACAUUUGUGAAACAAUUCAAGGUUCUGAUCAUUUCCCUGUAAUCCAUUCACAAAGAGAUUAUCUUUUAUCUCCCAACAUUGCAGAACUACUGUUUAGAUCAAAUGUAAGGACUGCAUCUCAAUUUGUUUCUGAUGAAGUGCAGUGGUCACAGUAAAUGCUGUAAUUAUGUUGUUUCUGCCCCUGUUGACAGCAUGUUUUAUUGAGUACUAGUAUUUUCAAGGUCUGUGGCAGUGAAUGAAAUUAAGAGAGGCCAUUCAUAUUUUUCAGAAGCGAAAUAAGAUGUGUGCAGGAAAGGAGGUGUAGGAAUUGCAAUAGGAGUGUACUGCACUUGAGGAACUGCACAUUUAUUAAUGGCGAGAUUCCUAUCCAUAAUUUCUUGCUCUUACUUUGUAAAGCUAAAGGUACAUGCAUUUUUAAUCCCUGUACAAAACUGAUCUGAGUGGUCAGUUUAAUACGUUGGCUGCAUUAUCCUCAAGGAAAGAGCACACACAGUUGGAUAACAGGGUGGAUGGACCCCCACAGCCAAAACUUAAUUUUUAUGCCCCAUACCUGGGAUGGAAAACGAUGGGCACCAGCUACCAUUUUAACUGCCAUUAGUGAUUACUGAUCUUGUCCAUAUUAACAUCUGGAUAAAUGUGGUACUUCAACAGUUCAGCACACCAUAAUUUUUGUGUCAAAACAAUUUCUUUUACCUUUAACAUCAUACAAAACACUAGCUACAACAAAACAGAAUGUUGUUGUACUUUAUUUUUAAUGCUGCAUACUGUCCAUUAUUUUCAUAUGAAAAAUACAUGAAACAACUACAAGUCAAGAACUUAAGCAUUCUCCAAGUGAGCAGAAGAUAUGAAAACAAGUCCAUUACGGCAGUACUGGAACAGUGACAGUGGACACCACUUGUCAUUGGUAAGUAAAUUUUGAUGUAAAUCUGAUGCUGGGCAAUGAAAAGGUUCACUAUCCUAACCCUACACAACAAUUUACAAUACUACACAUUAGGUGGAAAAAAUAACCUCACCAAAUUUCCAAAUUAAAUGAACAAAAUUUAAUGCAUGUUACAAUUCUGGCUCACUCUAAUGCUAUCUGUUUACACAAACUAACAUAAUUUGUCAUAUGAAGGUGAAAAUCAGCUCUCUCCAAAGUGAUAUUUUUAUUUUGUAGAUUACUACUUUAUUGCGAGACAUGCUACAUUAUUAGGAAAAGAAAAAUGUAUAAACAUCUUUGAGCGUACGUCAUUAUCACAUGGUGACAUACAUUAUUAAAUCAUGACUGGAAAGUUAACUACAUUCUGUUUUCAGUAUGUGAUGGGAACCUAAUCACUUACCAGAGAUCCUGCUGAGCAUACAGAACAUUUUUACAGUGAGGUUGCCUACUCAAAUAAUGCCAAACACUCAAAAGAUGUUUUAGAUAAUAAACACACAAACUUAGCUGGUAACAAGGGAAGAGACUAUCUGGGAGAUCUAGGCAUAAAUGGAAAGAUAAUAUUAACAAGGACUAUAAUAAAAAUGGGUAGUGCAAAUAUGAACUGGAUUAAGAGAGUGAGAACAGGGUCCAUGAUGAGCUAUAAAGUUCCAUACAACAGGAAAUGUCUCAAGGAACUUCUUAAGAAGAUCCUAUACUUCAGAGUUAGUUACUAAGUUUGUGUGCACUGAUAUAGUCAUUAUCCAUGAUUAUGUGUGCACACACCUGAAAUUUGUGCUUGAGUUGUCCAUAAAAAUCACAAACUUUGCAGUAUAAAAAUGCAAGUCCUAAAAAGCAUAAGGAAACAAUUUUCCAGCUUUUGGUACAUAAUAUGUAAAUAAGUGAAUAUGCUGGAUGAUCAAAAUACAAUCACCACAUAGGGACAGCAGUUUUCUCCUAAUAUCAUGUUUAAAUAUAUUUACUUCAUCUUAUCAAUUAAAAUAUUAACCUUUUGUUUUGUUUCAUUUCUCCUCCUAACCUAUUUCAGCAAGAGAUUUCUUUUUAUAGUUUAUUGGCAAUACUGUCUGCAGGGACACAAGCACUACUUGAAGAAGUGCAAACACACUAUUCAGUGUCACUGUCACAACUCUAAAGCUUAUCUGCCAUAAGUCAGGGCUCAAAAUUACUUCUUUACACAAUCUUCAUUUGGUACAGGUCAGUGUCCCUUUGCACUGCAAAUAAUAGGACAAGUAUUAAAAUUCCAGAGGUGCCAAUCUAUAUAGUACAUAUAGGAGUCGAGGUAAAGUGCAAUGCAUGCAAUGCAUUCUACAUCUCAGACCUCAGUACUGGUCACUUCACACUUUGACCACUUCACUCAAGCCAGUACCCACUGACAGCAAUGAGGGUGGGCCCCAGAACCAGUCUCUAUAUUGUGGAGAUGGGAAUGAAACAGCUCAUCCAGCCGAGAGCCAGCCACUUUACUGACUAAGCUACUAUGACUAGACUUCAAAAACAAAAUCCUGUAACUCUUUCAAGAUCAACUCUGUAUGCGCCACCCACUGCCUAUACAGAGUAUACUGUUGGGAUGUAUUAUUCUAUGGAUAAUAUCACAACAAUAUGCCAUCAAUUAUACACUGUAAUAACAAAGUAUGACAGUGGCCUUGAUAAAAGUAUGUGAACAAUCAGUCAGUUUCUUCCCCCAUGAUGCAAUAUGAACAGGUAAUUCAAUCAGUGAAAAGGUUAAUACUAAACAGGUUUUUGUAACCAUUAAUUCUAUUUAAAU